AGAUGACCACAGCCACAACUUUGGGAGAUGCUGUCUUCUCCUUGAACAUGACCACCAGGGGAGAAGACUUCCUGUAUAAGAGUUCAGGAGCCAUCGUUGCUGCCAUUGUGGUGGUUGUCAUCAUCAUCUUCACCGUGGUUCUGAUCCUGCUCAAGCUGUAUAACAGGAGAAUGAGGACCAGGCGAGAACUGGAGCCCAAGGGCCCCAAGCCAGCUACCCCUCCCGCCGUAGACCCCAACAGCCAACAGCAGCCCGCAACUGUGACCUUCAGUCCUGUAGACCUGCCCUCAGAGACUCGGUGACCUCUGCCCCAGUGCGACCCUUCAUUCCCACCCCACCUCUAUCUGAAGAGCUUUCUCCAGUCAGACCCCAAAGCAUACUUCUCUGCCUGGCAGCUUCAUAGGAGUUCCUUCUGUUCAGCUGUGCCAAAGCAUCCUUCAUACCAUCGCUGCAUCCCUUUACCUGGUUCUGCUCCCCCCUACCCAGCCAUGUCCACAUCCCUGCUGGCACCUUCCCCGAAAGGCUGUACAAUGCUCUUUUG